CCAUUUGUUUGACCUUCAACUUUAAAUCUAAUAAAAAAAACAAGAUUUGGAUGACGAUGACGUUGCUGUCGUCGAUCGUACUUUUGGAACUCGCACACAGAUCAUCAGCCUCACCUAACUACAUUUCGUAUUCCGGUCGAAUGCGAACUCUCACUGACGAAUGAACGAUUCAUGUACGCAAGCACGUAUUUGUUUGACUGCUAGCUCAACUUCUUGAGUUCCACGUUCACAGUUCUGAACCAAAAACUUGGAUCAAAUUUGAUGAACUGAUAAAGUUUCAAGCUUUUGAUGAGAUUUGAGUUCGGCGUUGGAAUAUGAUUACUAGAGAAGAUGAAAGCCAAAGCACCCCAUUGCUGCCCACGAGUGAGAACGCAGAAGUUGAAGCUGGGUUUGCCGAACCCAGCAAACCCAGCGGAGGAGCUUCGUUCUAUGGAUCUGUGUUUAACUUGUCAUGCACGGUUAUCGGUUCCGGGAUCAUGAGCCUACCUGCAACUCUAACCAUACUGGGACUGAUCCCCGGAGUUGCGCUGAUCGUCGUUGCUGCAUUCCUGACAGAAGCAUCCAUUGAGAUGCUACUGAGGUUCAGCAAGCCGGGUUCGGUGUUUUCGUAUGGUGAUCUCAUGGGGGAAGCAUUUGGAAAAGUUGGGAAGGUUUUGGUUCAGAUUUGUGUUAUUGUCAACAACAUUGGUGCUCUCACUGUGUAUAUGAUUAUAAUAGAGGAUGUUCUUUCUGGUUCGACUUCAAGCGGAGUUCAUCAUGCCGGCAUUUUGGAAGAGAGGUUAGGGGUGCAUUGGUGGACCGGGCGUGCUUUCGUUCUGGUUGUCCUAACCGUUGUUGUAUUUAUUCCGUUGGUAUGUUUUAAGCGCAUCGAUUCACUGCGAUUCACGUCAGCUAUAUCGGUUGCGCUGGCAGUUGUUUUUCUCGUCGCUGUCAUUGUGAUCACAGUGUACAAAUUCGUACUGGGAAGCAUAGAGAGACCUGCAUUGUUUCCCAGUGUCACUGAUUUGCCUUCCUUUCUUAAUCUUUUCACUGCAUUCCCUGUUGUGGUUUUUGCUUAUGUCUGCCACUACAAUGUUCACACCAUACAAAAUGAGCUCAAAGAUACUCCAACAAUGCCAGCAAUCGUGCGUGCUACAGUUGCUCUCUGCGCCGUUGUGUAUGUGAUGACAGGCCUGUUCGGGUUCCUCCUCUUCGGUGACUCAACUCUUUCCGACCUGCUCUCCAAUUUUGACACAGACCUUGGCAUUCCAUACAGCUCUGUCUUCAAUGACAUCGUGCGAAUCAGUUAUGCCGCCCAUAUUUUACUUGUGUAUCCCAUUGGUUUUUUCCCUCUCCGGCUGAACUUGGACGGCCUUCUCUUCCCCUCAGCCAGACCGCUGGCUUCAGACAACGUAAGGUUUUCGUUGAUCAGCGCCGGAAUCAUUGCCAUCACCCUCUUGGGUGCCAUAUUCAUACCGAGCAUAUGGGUGGCUUUUGAGUUCACAGGUGCAACUGUUGGAGCUCUGCUUGCAUUCAUCUUCCCUGCUUGCGUUGUUCUCAAGGACCCUCACGGAAUUGCAUGGAGAAAGGACAAGAUUUUGUCAGUGUUCAUGAUCAUUCUCGCUGUAAUCUCAAGUGUGGUAGCCAUUUGUAGUGAUGCAUAUUCAUUGUUGACAUAGCAGGGGCUCUCAACUUAUCAAUUGAAACAUGUCAUAUAUGUGUGUAUAGAUACAAAAUAAAUAAAUACAUAAUUCAGCAAUACGCAACUCCAGCCACUCCAUCUUUUCAAACCCCUCCAAAUCCCAAUCAUCCCAAUUUCUACCCGUCCCCAACCCCCCACCACCACCUCCCCUACCACCCACAACAACUUGGAAAUUAGGAGAACCUUAUCCCGUGACAACGCACCAUCAAAAAGACCCAAAAGAAAUCAUGACAAUAUUUCUUUUUAGAAAAAAUUCAUGAUAAUAUUAAAAUUGUGAUUCUGCACAUGUAUCGUACACUCAAUAGUCCAACACAGUUAAAUUUAAUUGGUCGACAAUUUUGAUAAAACUCAGACGUGUUAAAAAGGCUGUUUGGAAGAGGGAGUUGUUGUGCGGCCUGAAAAAAGUCAAGAGAGUGGUAAUGAUGUCUAAAGACCUUUGGGUUUUCGUUGUGGGUGGUAGAAUUAGGGGUGGUUGAGGUCUUGAAAGAAAGGGUGGCCGGAAUUUUCUAGUGCUAGAAUUUUACUUUUUUUAAUUUUUUUAAUUUGCAUAUAACAAGAGAAUUAUUAAGCGUAUUUGAAAUUUUGAAAUAAAGAAUAAUAAGUUAAAUGUAAAAAUAAGAUAAAUGAAUCCGAAUAAAAAAUUUCAAAAUAAAAAGAAAUAAACUGCUUCACACACAAAAGCGAACCCAAAUCAGUCAGGUCCGUACCGAGCCCAAAGUUCCAAAUUCCAAUGGCUGCUGCUGCGAAGGAAGAGCAAAAAGGCGAGCUCGCCGAGUCUAUCAACGAUCUCUUCGGUAGCGUCUCCGCCAUGGUCAAAUCGGAGCUCCAGGGAUCGACCAACCACCUCGAUCUCCUCGAAAAGAUGAACCUGCGAGUCGCCGAAGAGUACAAGGGAUUCGGCGACGUGGCGGCGGGGCUGAGCGUGUUCGUGGAGCAGCUCAAGGCCAAAAGCGGCAGCUUCGAGGAGUACGUGAAGCAGAUCGACGUCAUCGAGCAGCAGGUGACGGAGUUCGAGGCCGUGAUUUCGGUGCUCGACAGAUACGUGUCCAUGUUGGAGUCCAAAGUCCAAUCUGUUCAUCAGAAUCCUCCGCCUUCCUGAAUUCGAAAGUGUCUCUGAAAAUUGUUCUUUUGAUUUGUUUGAAUUUUGUGGCAUUGUGUACAUUUUGAAACGAGGUUUCCCCAAAAAACUUCGGAAUUUGAGAUUGCUUUAGGUUGGUUGAAAGUACUUCUGCUAAAAAUGCUUUUACUAGAAGCACAAUAAAGUUUUUAUCUUAAA